GCACGGCGAUGUCCCGCCCCUCUGCCCCCGCUCAAUCUCGCGUGCCGAGCGAUACGAGCCGGCUAGCAUGAUGCCGCUCACACAUUAGCAUCGACUUCCACCAAAUCUCAGUAGAAAUACAUGCUGUCCGUGUCCGACUAGGAAGCUAAGGUGAAAGAAGAGCAGCGUCACGCGGUUAGUCGGAGCGGUGUGUGAGUGUGGCCUGUGAGUGAGCUCUUGCUGACCGACACACCGCUGCAGAACAUGGCGGAGCACCGCGCCACCUCCGACUGCAAGCACAAAGCGAGUCCGAACUCCAGCGGCUCGUUGUCGGGUAACGGGCGAGCUAACACCCCGGCGGCGUGCGGUGGUGGAGGCCUGUCCGGCGGGUUAACGCAGCCUGCAGGGUGGCAGUCUCUCCUGUCAUUCACCAUCCUGUUUCUGGCCUGGUUAGCGGGUUUCAGCUCUCGGCUUUUCGCCGUGAUCCGAUUCGAGAGCAUCAUCCAUGAGUUUGACCCUUGGUUCAACUACAGGUCAACUCAUCACCUCAGUACUAAUGGCUUUUAUGAAUUUCUCAACUGGUUCGAUGAGAGGGCAUGGUAUCCACUUGGCAGGAUCGUGGGAGGCACGGUGUAUCCAGGUCUUAUGGUGACGGCGGGUCUAAUCCACUAUCUGCUGAACCUGCUCCAUGUGACUGUGCACAUCCGUGACGUGUGUGUGUUCCUGGCUCCGAUCUUCAGUGGCCUGACUGCUGUCUCCACCUUCCUGCUGACGAGAGAGUUGUGGAAUCAGGGAGCUGGGCUACUGGCUGCCUGCUUCAUCGCUAUAGUUCCCGGAUAUAUCUCUCGCUCUGUAGCAGGUUCUUUCGACAACGAGGGCAUCGCCAUCUUUGCUCUGCAGUUUACUUAUUACCUUUGGGUGAAGUCUGUGAAGACUGGAUCAGUCUUCUGGACCAUUGGCUGUUGCCUGUCCUAUUUCUAUAUGGUGUCUGCGUGGGGAGGCUAUGUUUUCAUCAUCAACCUGAUCCCUCUGCAUGUGUUUGUGCUGCUCCUCAUGCAGCGUUACAGCAGAAGGCUUUAUAUUGCUUACAGCACAUUUUAUAUAGUGGGCUUGGUGCUGUCCAUGCAAGUUCCGUUUGUGGGCUUCCAGCCUAUAAGGACGAGUGAGCACAUGGCAGCAGCUGGUGUCUUUGCCCUCCUGCAGGCGUAUGCCUUCUUGCAGUAUCUCAAGGACAGACUGACUAGGCAGGAGUUCCAGACCCUUUUCUUUCUCGGAGUCUCACUGGCCGCGGGGGUGGUUUUCCUCACGGUCAUCUAUCUGACCUACACCGGCUACAUUGCACCUUGGAGUGGCCGCUUUUAUUCACUGUGGGACACAGGGUAUGCUAAGAUCCACAUCCCCAUCAUCGCUUCGGUAUCAGAGCACCAACCCACCACCUGGGUCUCCUUCUUCUUUGACCUUCACAUCCUGGUGUGCACGUUCCCCGCUGGGCUUUGGUUCUGCAUCAAGAACAUCAAUGAUGAGCGUGUGUUCGUGGCUCUUUAUGCCAUCAGUGCCGUGUACUUUGCUGGUGUUAUGGUGCGACUCAUGCUGACGUUGACUCCAGUGGUGUGUAUGCUGUCGGCCAUCGCUUUCUCCAGCGUGUUCGAGCACUACCUGGGAGACGACACAAAGAAGGAGAACCCACCAGCGGAGGACAGCAGCGAUGAAGAUGACAAGAGGAACUCAGGAAAUCUCUAUGACAAGGCAGGGAAAGUGCGGAAGCACAUAUCUGAGCAGGACCGACAGGAGGAGGGCCUGGGGCCCAACAUCAAGAGCAUUGUCACCAUGCUGAUGCUGAUGCUGCUGAUGAUGUUUGCUGUGCACUGCACCUGGGUCACCAGCAAUGCUUACUCCAGUCCCAGCGUGGUGCUAGCUUCUUACAACCAUGACGGGUCAAGGAACAUUCUGGAUGAUUUCCGUGAGGCGUAUUACUGGCUGAGGCAGAACACAGACGAGCAUGCACGAGUCAUGUCAUGGUGGGACUACGGCUAUCAGAUAGCGGGCAUGGCCAACCGAACUACACUGGUGGACAACAACACCUGGAACAACAGUCACAUAGCACUGGUGGGAAAGGCCAUGUCUUCUAACGAGAGUGCAGCAUACGAGAUUAUGAAAUCCUUGGAUGUUGAUUAUGUCCUUAUCAUUUUCGGCGGUGUGAUCGGGUACUCAGGAGAUGACAUUAACAAGUUCCUGUGGAUGGUGCGCAUUGCAGAAGGGGAGCACCCUAAAGACAUCAGGGAGAGUGACUACUUCACCCCUCAGGGAGAAUUUAGAGUAGAUAAGGCAGGCUCUCCUACUCUGCUCAACUGCCUCAUGUACAAAAUGUCUUACUACCGCUUUGGAGAGAUGCAGCUGGACUUCCGCACACCUCCUGGGUUUGACCGGACACGGAAUGCUGAGAUCGGCAACAAGGACAUUCGUCUGAAACACCUUGAGGAGGCGUUUACUUCUGAGCACUGGCUGGUGCGAAUCUACAGAGUGAAGAAGCAGGAGAACCGGCAGGCUCUGGACCACAAUCUCCGCAACGUCGCGGCCAAACAGAAGUACACCUCAAAAAAGACGGCCAAGAGGAAGAGAGGAUACAUAAAAAAUAAACUGGUCCUGAAAAAAGGCAAGAAACUGAAUAAAAAGUCAGUUUAGUUGUUGAAUGGAAAAUGGUAAAAAAUGGCAAACAAGGCAAAAUAGACAAUGACAAAUGAAACCAGUAAUCCACCAAUCAAGAAGAAAAACAAACCAGUCGUCUGGCAUCUGACCACCUGAAAAUAUUUGAUUGGAGGCUUUGACCCCGUGAUUGCCAUGACGACGAGGAGGCUGUGUGAUCUGACUGAGGGAGUUGAAAGAGAGGGCCUGGACAGGGAGCUCUAUUUUAAUCUAAUGAUUCUGGACUUUUUUUUUUUUUCUUUUGUACUUGAAUGUGUUCGUAAGGCAGGUGAGCUGUCCUAUCCAUCAAGAUGGCAGCCUUCUGUUUGUGGUACAAUUCUACCUAAUCCACAACAGCAGUAAUGUAACAUAAGAUGAAGUGGUAAGCUGAGUGAACCUUGGAGCAAUAGCACCAAAGAUGCAGUUUUUUUUUUUUUUAGUUUUGUUUUUCAGAGCCUGUGUUAACUUGUUACUUUUGAUAAAAAAUAAAUAAAUAAAUAAAAGCUCUGGAGUUUGAGGGCUAUGGAGUGGUGUACAGUGUGAGAGGGCCAGGCCUUCCUGCAAUCUUUCACUUAUAACUGAUGAAACCCUCCUGUGUAGUUUCCAGAAUGCAUUUGAGUUCCUUGUCACUUGAAUGUGUGUAUCUCAGCACAGCAGGCAUUGCAGAGGACUGAGUUAUUUCUAAUGUGCUUAAUUGUUAUGGUGAUUUUUUUAAUAGAAUUUUCUUUACUGUUGAAUUGAAAUAUCGGUUUAAUUUUGCUCCUAUCUCUUGUCCAGAAGUCUGGUUUGGUUUCAGCAGUGCCCCAGGGAAGUGAAUACUGUAGAUAGACUGUUGAAUAAAGGCUGUUUUGCAGUGUUGGGCCUUGUAGGAAUUUGUUUCUCCCCUCCCUUUUUUUUUUUUUUUUUUUUUUUUUUUUUAAAUGACUAUCUCACUUUGCCUGUGCUGAAUGCCAGGAGGGAGUGACACUUGUAUUAGUUGUAGGGUUUUUUUUUUUUUUUUUUUUGGUUUUAUUUUUUAUACAAUGCUGCAUUAUUAGCUUGUGCACUUUUGGCUUAGUUCACCUUAAAGUGGAUCCACUACUGAGUAGCAUGCAGGUAACGAGUGUGUAUUCUUAGUGAUAACGUUUCUGUUCCGGGUGACAAAUUUUGCAUUUCUUUCAUGUUCCAUUUCUGUCUUUUGCUCCUGGCGGACGGCCGUCGGAAUGGUCGUCAUAUUUCUGAAUGGUUCGUUCUCUUGGUUCGUUCUCUUGCUCCAUGUUUUUCUUGGUUUUCCCUUCCCUCCGUGCGCUGCCUCUACUUUAUCUUUUGUGUGUGAGUUAACAGGAGGGCAGUUUUAGUUCUUUCUGAGGAAAAUGCUGACUCAAUUUAACAGCCAUCUGCUUAACAACAUAUCUAUUUCAUAAUUAAUUAAUAGACUCAAGAGCUAUUUAUUUAUAAGAACAAAGGGGAAAAGUAGAAAGAGGGCAGCAUCUCAUCACAAAAUGCAAAACUGUGUGUUGUUUAAGUUGGGAUUUCUUCCACAAGUUGUAAAAGAGAGUUUGAGAAGAAUUUGAAAAAUGAUGCUAUUGUCAGAAUCAGCGAUGCCGUUGAAAUUAAAGGUAUAUGAAAGGUUCUGCCUUAUCACGAAUGGCCAUGUUUGUACUUAUUUUUUACAUCUCAUCUCUUAUCCUCUGCUUUGGUCUGUCUUGUAUUUAAUGGUACACAGCAGUUUCAUUAAACAAAACGUCAAUUUGUGUUUUAA